AUGGCCUUUGUCCCUGCACCUGGCUAUCAGCCCACCUACAACCCGACUUUACCCUACAAUCAGCCUAUCCCAGGAGGUCUUAGCGUGGGGAUGUCCAUUUACAUCCAAGGAGUGGCCAGCCAGCACAUGAGGAGAUUUUCCGUGAACUUCAUGGCGGGCCAGGGCGAUGAGGCAGACAUUGCCUUCCACUUCAAUCCACGCUUUGACGGCUGGGACAAGGUGGUCUUCAACACCAAGACAGGUGGCCAGUGGGGCAAUGAGGAGAGGAAAAAAAGCAUGCCCUUCCAAAAGGGCUCCAGCUUUGAGCUGGUUUUCAUGGUCAUGCCUGAGCACUACAAGGUGGUGAUAAAUGGAAGCCCUUUUUACGAGUUUGGACACAGGCUCCCCCUGCAGAUGGUCAAAUACCUGCAAGUGGACGGGGAUUUGGAGCUUCAAUCCAUCAACUUCAUUGGAGGACAGCCUGCUGCUCCCCAGAGCCAUAUGCCCAUGGCUAUCCCAGCAUACCCAGGUCCUGUACAAAGCUAUCCUCAACCGAAUAAUCUGCCUACCAUGGAGGGACCUCCAACUUUCAACCCGCCUGUGCCAUUCAUGGGGAGACUGCAAGGGGGGCUUAUAGCCCGGAGAACCAUCAUCAUCAAAGGCUUUGUACCCCCCUCAGCCCAGAGCUUCAUCAUCAACUUCAGGGUGGGAGGCACAGGAGAUGUGGCUUUGCACAUCAACCCCCGCCUGAAUGAGCGUGCAGUGGUUCGGAACAGCAAUUUGAACGGCUCAUGGGGACCUGAGGAGAGGAACGUUUCUUAUAACCCAUUUGGUCCUGGACAGUUCUUCGAUCUGUCCAUUCGAUGUGGCAUGGACCGUUUCAAAGUUUAUGCCAAUGGCCAGCACCUCUUUGACUUCUCCCAUCGGCUCACGGCCUUCCAGAUGGUGGACACAUUGGAGAUCAAAGGUGAUGUCACUUUAUCCUAUGUCCAGAUGUGA